AUGUCUUUGAGGAAGGCAUUUGUGCUUCUCAAAAGACUCUCCACAAGAUUGCGAUCUGUACCAGAGUGGAGUCGUCAUUUCUUUGGACCAACUACUUCAACCACUGGCUACGAACCUGUUAUAGCUGGUAGUCAGGUUCCUGCACCUUUUCAUAACGAUCAGGAUGAUGGCUCACGUUCACCUGAGAUACUCAUCAACAAUGAUCAAUCAGAGUUGAGCAGUUGUAUUCGUGAUCUGGAGAAUAGCGAUGGCAGCGAUGAAGCCAUAGAAGAUGCGUCUGGUUCGAGCUCAUUCGAAACUGAUUCGGAUGGAAGCGAUGUGCUUCCGAAAGAAAUGACUCGGAAGGAGAUUUAUGCCCACGAUGGUGAAAUUAAACAAGCAAAACAACUGGGCGUAGGUUUCGCGAGUCAAACUGCGGAAUCGCUCGUUCUAUCGGCUAUUCGAGAACGAUCUGCUAGCAAAAAAUCAUUCAGUGAUUUGAACGUCGCCUUAUUCAAUAUGCAUAACACAAAACUGGCCGACGCAUUGAUAAAACGUAACGUUGGAAGUUUGUGUCUGAUAGAAUCAGCUCAGAAUAACGCUAAAUUGGUUAAGGUGAGUGGGCAGUUUUGA